AUGCACAGAUUAAAAAAGCAUCACCCAUACCGUUUUACCAUUUUUGCCUAUCUCAAAGUCCUCUGGCAACAGGCAAGUGAUGAAGCAGCAGGAGACACCCUGUUUUAUACAGCAAGCAAACUGUGCCCCGAACUUGGCAUUGCAACAAUACUUCGUGCUCACCCUCUGGAUGACCUCUACUGCAGUAAAAUCCCAGAAUUGUUACACGCCAUCCCCGGAUGUUUGCUGAACUUGGACAAAGACCUUCCUCCUAAUUCAGCCUUGGGGCCCCCCAGCUGCAGGAACUGGCUCUUCUACUGCUGUAAGAGAAAGUUCCUUUUUCCUUGGCUCCUGUGUCACUGUGAAUGUCCCAUCAUCUUGAAAGAAGAGAAGACAGUGCAUCCAGGACCUUCUAUGACAGGUUCUGAGGUGGCCAAAGAUAUGGGCUUUCAAAAUCAGACCAGUGUUUCUGAGUUCCUCCUCUUGGGUCUUACUCAGGACCCAAAGCUCCAGAGGUAUCUCUUUGGGCUAUUCCUGGCCAUGUACCUGAUCACUCUGGCUGGGAACCUGCUGAUUGUCCUGGCCAUUAUCUCUGAUCAGGUGGUAUCAUUCCAAUCGUUACACCUCCACACCCCUAUGUACUUCUUUUUGGCCAACCUCUCCUUCACUGAUGUCUGCUUUGUGUCUAAUACUGUUCCUAAGAUGCUGGUGAAUCUAUAUACCCAGAAAAAGUCCAUCUCUUACACUGGGUGUCUGAUACAGUUGUAUUUUUUAGUUUCAUUGGUGGCUCUGGACAAUCUCCUCCUGGCUGUGAUGGCCUAUGACCGCUUUGUGGCCAUCUGUCGUCCCCUUCAUUAUACCACAAUCAUGAGCCCCAGAUUGUACAUUCUAUUGCUAAUUCCAUGUUGGAUCCUCUCCAUUCUCUAUGGGUUGACCCACACAAUUCUAAUGGCCACUUUGACAUUCUGUGGGUGCAGGGAAAUCACUCACAUCUUCUGUGAGAUGUAUGUCCUACUACAGUUGGCCUGUUCUGACACCUGA